UUCUUCUCUAGCUAUCAAAAUCCAAAACCCCUCAACUCUCUCUCUCUCUCUCUCUCUCUCUCUCUCUCUCUCAUGGAGUCUCUUUCCAUAGGCCUUUCAUCUUCCCCUGGUUUCCAAAUCCACCCCAAAACCCACAAACCCAACUUCAAUUCCACUCCUUCCCUACCAAACUCCAUUCCAAACUCCAAUCCCAACAAAACCCAUCUUCUUUUUUCCUCCAUGAAAACCCCUCUUCCACCCCAACCAAAACCCCUAAUCCACAAACCAAACCCAACUUUUGCAGUUCAAACCCAUUCAUUUCUCAACGGUCAUCUAAAAUCCCAUCUGUCUUUUCUUUCUAUGAGCCUCUCUUUCCCUCUUUCUUGCUUUGCUUCUGACCCUUCUGUACCCGUUGAAGAAGCAUCCAACAGAAUAAACUUGGAGUCUGUAUUGAUCGCCAUUGAUGAUUUUAACAACAGGAACCCAUUUUUUGUUGCCGGUGUCACCUUCAUUUGGCUGGUUGUGAUUCCUCUGACAGAAGAGUAUUUCCAGAAGUACAAGUUUAUUUCGGCCAUUGAUGCUUUUAGAAAGCUUCGAGAUGACCCCAGUACUCAGCUGUUGGAUAUUAGGAACAGCAAGAGUGUGCGGUUUUUGGGUUCCCCGAAUUUGAAGAUUGUGGGUAAGGCUCUGGCUCAGGUUGAGUUUCGCGAAGGAGAUGAAGAUGGGUUUGUGAAGAUGGUGUUGGAGAAGUUCCCAGAGCCGGCUAAUACCAUAAUUUGCAUUCUGGACAAUUUUGAUGGCAACUCCAUGAAAGUGGCUGAGUUAUUGUUCAAGAAUGGUUUCAAAGAAGCUUACGCGAUCCGGGGUGGAGUUAGAGGCAAGAAGGGGUGGCAAGAAAUACAGGAAACUCUUCUUCCACCUUCUGUCCAUAUCUAUCCUAAGAAGAAGGUCAAGAAAAUGUCGGAACAACUUGAGAUGAAUGGAGGAGUGAACCAGCAGACCUGAAACUAAGUAUACCUCUCCUACAUCUCUUUCCGCAGGCGGCCAAAACGAUAAGGCAGACAAACAAUAAGUAAACAAGGCUAUUGCAACUACCCAACAUGUGGAGAAUGGUUCCAAAUCAUUUUCUCUUACCCCAAAUGCACUCCCAUAUUUUCUAUUUCUCUUCCUCUGGCAGGCACAUCAGCUUGUUGGUACUUCCCAAGAAGAUAUCUUUAUAUAGUAGGUAAAAGCUGCACCUGCUACCCAUAUGAAAAGAUUGAAGAAACAUCGGGUGUGUCGUUAUCCGUGACAGUAUAUUCGAUCUUACGGUUCACUUUGGUGUCAAGUACUGUUGCAGACAAUAUGCAAAUGCUUUGGAUAAUAGAUGUUAGAUACAUUGAGUUCAACUGGUGUAAAUUUUACUACUCUAUUUUGUUCCUUGAUUAUGUAUUGGAAUACCAUGGUUUGGUAACCA